CGCCGGGGCCGUUGGCUCCAGACAAAUAAACAUGGAGUCCAUCUUCCACGAGAAAAUGGGAUCUCACUAUGUAGGGGACUGGCCGGGAACUCACAGAGAUACACCUGUCUCUGCCUCCUGCGUGCUGGGAUUAAUUAAAGCAAGAAGGCUCACUUUGUGCUCAGCAUUGCCUGAAUAAUCUAUUGCAAGGGGAGUAUUUUAGCCCUGUGGAGUUAUCUUCAAUCGCACACCAGCUAGAUGAAGAAGAAAGGAUGAGGAUGGCGGAAGGAGGAGUUACUAGUGAAGACUAUCGCACAUUUUUACAGCAGCCUUCUGGGAACAUGGACGACAGUGGCUUUUUCUCUAUUCAAGUCAUAAGCAAUGCCUUGAAAGUCUGGGGUCUAGAACUAAUCCUGUUCAACAGUCCAGAGUACCAGAGGCUCAGGAUUGACCCUAUAAAUGAAAGAUCCUUUAUAUGCAAUUAUAAAGAACACUGGUUUACAGUUAGAAAAUUAGGAAAACAGUGGUUUAACUUGAAUUCUUUGCUGACGGGUCCAGAAUUAAUAUCAGAUACAUACCUCGCACUCUUCUUGGCUCAAUUACAGCAAGAAGGUUAUUCUAUAUUUGUUGUUAAGGGUGAUCUGCCUGACUGCGAAGCUGACCAACUUUUGCAGAUGAUCAAGGUCCAGCAGAUGCAUCGACCUAAACUUAUUGGAGAAGAAUUGGCACAACUGAAAGAACAGAGUGUUCUCAAAGCAGAUCUGGAGCGAGUUCUAGAGGCAGCGGACGGGGCGGGAAUAUUGGAUGAAGAUGAGGAUGAUUUACAGAGGGCUCUAGCAAUAAGUCGUCAGGAAAUUGACAUGGAGGAUGAAGAAGCUGAUCUCCGCAGAGCCAUUCAGCUCAGUAUGCAAGGUAGUCCCAGAAGUGUGUCUCAAGAUAGUCCACAGACAUCCAGCACCAGUCUCUCUUCAGAAGAGCUGCGGAAGAGGAGAGAAGCCUACUUUGAAAAGCAACAGCAGCAGCACGAGGUAGACCAACCUAGACAGCUUUCAUACGCUUGUGAAAGGCCGACCACAAGUUCAGGAGGACUUGGGAACAGCCAAGCAGGUGAUGCUUCGAGUGAAGAAGACAUGCUUCGGGCAGCUGUAACCAUGUCCUUAGAAACUGCUGAAGAUAAUUUGAAAGUGGAAAGAAAAGAAUAAUACCUUUAAAAAUCA